AUGUUUCCGGAGCCACCAACCCCGGGGCCUCCAGCGUCAGACACGCCUCCGGACUCAAGUCGCAUCAGCCACGGCCCUGUGCCGCCCUGGGCCCUGGCCACAGGCGUGCUGGUCUCGGGCCUCCUGGUCUUCAGCUGCUGCUUCUGUCUGUACCGGAGGCGCUGCCGCAGGCGGCUGGGCAAGAAGAGCCAGGCGCAAGCCCAGGUGCACCUUCAGGAAGUGAAGGAGCUGGGCCGGAGCUACAUAAACAAGGUGCAGCCGGAAGUGGAAGAGCUGGAGCCUGCAGUACCCUUACCAGGGCAGCAGGCGGCGGCAGAGAAGCACGAGCUGGGACGACUGCAGUACUCGCUGGACUAUGACUUCCAGAGCGGCCAGCUGCUGGUGGGCAUCCUGCAAGCCGAGGGGCUGGCGGCCUUGGAUCUGGGUGGCUCCUCGGACCCCUACGUGCGUGUGUAUCUGCUGCCGGACAAGCGGAGGCGGCAUGAGACCAAGGUGCAUCGACAGACGCUGAACCCACACUUCGGGGAGACCUUUGCUUUCAAGGUCCCCUACGUGGAGCUGGGAGGCAGGGUCCUGGUCAUGGCGGUGUACGACUUCGACCGCUUCUCCCGCAACGACGCCAUCGGGGAGGUGCGCAUCCCCAUGAGCUCCGUGGACCUGGGGAGGCCCGUGCUGGCCUGGCGGCAGCUGCAGGCGGCACCGAGGGAGGAGCAGGAGAAACUUGGGGAUCUCUGCUUCUCCCUCCGCUACGUCCCCACCGCCGGGAAGCUCACGGUCAUCGUGCUGGAGGCUAAAAACCUGAAGAAGAUGGACGUGGGAGGGCUGUCAGAUCCCUACGUCAAGGUCCACCUGCUGCAGGGCGGCAAGAAGAUGCGGAAAAAGAAGACGACCAUCAAGAAGAACACGCUGAACCCCUAUUACAACGAGGCCUUCAGCUUCGAGGUGCCCUGUGACCAGGUCCAGAAGGUGCAGGUGGAGCUGACCGUGCUGGACUACGACAAGCUGGGCAAGAACGAGGCCAUCGGGAGGGUGGCCGUGGGGGCCGAGGCCGGCGGGGCGGGGCUCCGGCACUGGGCGGACAUGCUGGCCAACCCCCGGCGGCCCAUCGCCCAGUGGCACUCCCUGCGGCCCCCCGACCGAGUGAGGCCGCUGCCUGUGCCCUGA